GAUCCAAGAGGGAAAUUCCGUGCCGUCACGUAAUCGCGUGAAAAGUAUCGUCACCGAGCAACUACCGGAAGCACAGAAGCUUACCGCCGAGCCAGAUACACAGCAACAGAAACAACAAUGUUCACCGUUUGCAAAAGUGCGGCAGGGGCAACGCUGGUCGCCAGCCUGCAAAGGUAUGGCGUCCGUGCAAUGUCCUCGUCGGUGGUGCACCAGCCCAAGUUAGGUGAAUUCCCGCUCGAAAAUGAGCCCGUGCUCGCUUACCGCAAAGGUUCGAAGGAACGCAAAGAGCUGGAAAGCGCACUGAAAAAAGCUGCCGCCAAAAUGGAAGACGUGCCGAUCAUUAUCGGUUCGGAGGAGAUCCGCUCGAAGCAGGUCCGGCACCAGGUGAUGCCGCACAACCACAAACACAAGCUGGCUCAGUUUUACUACGCCGACCAGAAGCUGUUACAGAAAGCGAUCAAAACGGCGACGGAAACGCAGGUGAAAUGGGACCGUACCCCGCUCGAUGAGCGUAUCCGCAUCUGGCAGAAGGCAGCCGAUCUGAUGGCCGGCCCAUACAGACAGGAACUGAACGCAGCCACGAUGCUCGGCCAGGCGAAAACGGUGAUCCAGGCGGAGAUUGAUUCGGCCGCUGAGUUGAUCGAUUUUAUCCGCAUGAACACGUACUACCUAAAGGAGGCGGCCAAAUAUCAACCGAUCAGCGAGGAUGCGAAAGUGACCAAGAAUUCGAUGAGGUUCCGCGGUAUCGAUGGAUUCAUUGCCGCCGUCAGUCCGUUCAAUUUCACUGCCAUCGGUGGUAAUCUGGCGUACACGCCGGCCCUCAUGGGUAACGGUGUGCUAUGGAAACCGUCCGAUACUGCCCUGCUGUCGAAUUAUGUUAUUUUCAAGAUCAUGCGUGAGGCCGGCGUACCACCGGGUGUGGUAAACUUUGUGCCGACCGAUGGUCCCGUGUUUGGUGACACGAUUACAGCUUCACCCCAUCUGGCCGGAAUCAACUUUACCGGUUCUGUACCCACGUUCAACCGAUUGUGGCGCCAGGUAGGCGAGAACAUUAACAACUACAACAAUUUCCCCCGACUGAUCGGUGAGUGCGGUGGCAAGAACUACCACUUUGUGCAUCCGUCCGCCGAUGUUGAGUCAGUCGUCAAUGGAACGAUCCGAUCCUCGUUUGAAUUUUGUGGCCAAAAGUGUUCGGCCUGCUCGCGUAUGUACGUGCCGGAAUCGUUGUGGCCGAAGGUGAAGGAUGGAUUGCUGAUGAUUCGCGAUACGCUCAAGGUGGGCGAUGUGACCGAUUUUUCCAACUUUACGUCGGCCGUCAUCGACGACAAAGCAUUUGCCCGCAUCAAGUCGUACAUUGAGCAUGCCCGCAGCUCCAAGAAUCUAACCAUUCUCGGUGGUGGCAAGUGUGACGAUAGUAAGGGUUACUUUAUUGAACCGACCAUCGUGCAGACGACCGAUCCGAACGAUCGUAUUAUGACGGAGGAAAUCUUUGGCCCGGUGUUGACGAUCUACGUGUACAAAGAUAAAGAUCUCGAUAGCGCUAUGAAGUUGGUUGGCGGUUCGACUCGGUUCGCACUGACCGGUGCUGUGUUCUCGCAAGAUCAAGCGUUCCUCAAGCGAGCGCUGGAAGAGUUUAAGAUGACGGCCGGUAACUUCUACCUAAACGAUAAAUCGACUGGAUCUGUCGUCGGUCAGCAACCGUUCGGCGGUGGCCGCAUGUCCGGCACGAACGACAAAGCUGGCGGGCCACACUACGUACUCCGGUGGGCCACACCACAAUCGAUCAAGGAAACGUUUGUCCCGCUAAAGGAUAUCGACUAUCCGUACAUGCGUGAGUAAG